AAAUCAUGAUUUGUUGUGCUAAAAGUUAGUUUGGUAGGCUGAUUAGAUAUUAUAAAAAAUUAAUAUAAAGUAAUACCAGUCAUCACUAUUUAUAAAGACAUUUGUUUUAAUCAUGCAAAGUAUAAAUUCUCUUCGUUUUGUUGAGACAUUUACGGUCACGUACAGAUUUCCCGAAAAUGUCGAGAGCUAAAGUUGGUAUCAACGGUUUUGGUCGUAUUGGACGACUUGUACUUAGAGCAUCAAUUCUUAAAAACACUGUGGAUGUUGUUGCUGUGAAUGACCCUUUCAUUGAUUUGGAAUAUUUGGUGUAUAUGUUCAAGUAUGAUUCCACACAUGGGAGAUUCAAAGGAGACGUGUGCGUUAAAGACGGAAAAUUAUGUGUUAAUGGAAAGUUGAUAUCUGUCCACAAUGAAAAGGACGCAUCCCUUAUUCCAUGGGAUAAAGAUGGUGUUGAGUAUGUGGUAGAGUCCACCGGAAUUUUCACAACUAUUGAUAAAGCCAGUGCACACAUUAAGAAUAAUCGAGCCAAAAAGGUCAUCAUCUCAGCUCCCUCCGCUGAUGCUCCAAUGUUCGUUGUUGGCGUGAAUGAGAAGUCGUAUGAAAAGGGGAUGACGGUGGUUUCAAACGCAUCAUGCACGACAAAUUGUUUGGCUCCUUUGGCUAAAGUCAUCCAUGAUAACUUCGAAAUAAUUGAAGGCCUUAUGACUACCGUUCACUCGUACACAGCUACGCAAAAAACUGUUGACGGUCCUUCUCAGAAAAUGUGGCGAGACGGUCGUGGAGCUGCUCAAAAUAUAAUUCCAGCUUCUACCGGUGCAGCCAAGGCAGUUUCCAAGGUUAUCCCCGCAUUGCAAGGAAAGUUGACUGGAAUGGCUUUCCGAGUCCCCACAGCGGAUGUUUCAGUCGUCGAUCUUACAUGUAGGUUGGCCAAAGGAGCUUCCUAUGAUCAAAUCAAGGCUGCUGUAAAGGCUGCAGCUGAGGGGCCAAUGAAAGGCAUUUUGGAAUACACUGAAGAUGAGGUGGUUAGCUCAGACUUUAUAGGGUCCACAUCAUCUUCUAUUUUUGACGCUAAAGCUGGCAUAUCACUCAAUAAUAAUUUCGUGAAACUGGUUGCUUGGUAUGAUAAUGAGUUUGGCUACAGUUGCCGAGUCGUUGAUUUGAUUACUCACAUGCACAAGGUUGAUCAUGCAUAAUGAAAUAGUCCUCACUGUAGUCGGUAAUUUUUUGUCAAGUAAUAGAAAAAGCAAUAAAGUGUUUAUUUAACA